CAGCCCAUCUAAAAUCACAAAUACAUAAACAACUCCCAGAAAAAGUCGGGGAAGCUUAUCUAAUCCAAAGUGACAAUCGAGUUUAUCAGGCUCUGAGGCUCUGCCGUUACCACUACCGGCUCCUCCGCAGUUCAACGCACACAUCUUGACGAAGUCUUUACGGAAUCAAGCCAGCUUGUAGCACGACAGUGAUAUCGCCAUGGACAUUACACCACAGCGACCUGCGAUCUUCGUGCUAAGUCUCCUAUUUGUUACAGCCGUCUUCUGCUUCAGCUCUUCCGGUGUAGAAGGUGUACCAUUGCCACCAGCUCCAGCUGCAGAUGCAACUUCAAGCGGAAGUCACAAAAAUGCCAAUUCCCACGCCACGAAAAAUAAGCACGACUCUACUGUUUACCAUACCACUAAGAAACACAUUAGCAAUGAGGAAAAUACAGGGGAUGGUAGAAUUAAGAAGUCGCAUGCACAGAAAAUAUCUGAAGGCAGUACAACACAGAAACCCUCUAAACAGAAGGACCAUAGCAACAGCGCUUUGAUGUUCAAAGAACAAAGAACUGCAAAGACAUCCGUGCCAACAGACAGCAAAGCUCUCAAUCUACCGUUAGAUUCAGAUUCCAAAAGCGAACUUGUGAAGCGCGAUUUGCAAAUUAACAUUUUUCCUAGUCAAUCGGGAAGUAUCGACAAGCCUGUAGAAAUUGAAGUCAAAAGUUAUGCUUCCCCUCCAAAUGCAUCCGCCGUUAUAGAAGUGAAUCCGAAGACGUACAAUGUAGAUUUUUAUAACUCCCCCGAUGGUAACUUAUGGCCUGAGUACCAAAUGAACCAGUAUCCUCAAGAAACAAAUGGGCCACUCAAUUGGUAUACAGACAAUUAUCAGCAACCAGUCCCACCAAGUCUGUCAUACGUACCAACAGAGGAACUCUUGCACAGUCAGAACUUUUUGAACAUCCCCAGUUUAGGAUCUCAACUGUUGUAUCAGUACCCAGUGAAAGAAGCAAUAUAUAGGAACCCAAUAAAUCCUCUGAGACCCAAGCUAAACCACGUGCAAGAAACAUCAAAACCCCUAAAUAAUAACGAAGGAAGUUCAAAACAAAAUUCUGAACGUGAAUACAUGUUGCCAAAUUAUCCAGUAAAUCUACAAUUACAAAAUUUGGCAUACAACCCAAAUACAUUACAACAAUUCCCGUACGUUUUACCUCAACAUUACAUGCCACUAUACUUCCUUCCACAGUCAAACGAAAUUCAAAACACCCUUCCCUUAAACACUGGAACCGAAUCAAACUACAAUCCAGGAUUUACUAAGUACGUCACAAAGUCGUACUAUCUUCAGACACAUCCAAAAUUAGAAUGGGUGCCCUUAUAAGGGUAUUUGCCGAAGAAUAGAUAAGUGCAAAAUAACCUAUAGAUAAAACGUAUAGUUUUCCUUUCAAUAGUUGUAAUAGUAUGACUUCAUACGUACGUUGGUGGUUAUAAUGAAGUAUUUAAAUGCCACAAGAUUACAUAUCACAAUUAGAAUACAUAAACACUGAACUUGACAAUGUAGUGUUGGCACUCCUGCGUCUUAGUCUGGAAUUUCCGGUUUACAGACUCGAUCCAAAUACCGAAAGUCUCGAGAUAGUAUUUUAAUAGGCCACAACCACGUCCUCGUCCUUAAAUAUUUAUUUAUCUGUUAUAGAAAACUUACCAAUCGAUGCUUUUUAAUAUUUAAUUUGUAAAAUAUUACUAAAUUAAUCAUGAUACUAAUAGAAAAUUAAUAAACGUGCCAAUAAUAAUAUAACCAGGAAUCUCCGGUGCAAUCAUGUGGUAAGCAGAAUCUCCGCUGAACGAAAUAUAUCAUUGCAACGUGUUCUCUACAUACAGUGAAUACAUAUUUCUUUUCUACUCAUUUAAUGACAAUUAAUUUGAUGUAAUUGAUACAUAGUUCUAAUAUUAUUACACAAAAUUAUGAUUUACAGU